CAACAUCCGAACGAUUAUUCUCAUACAUCAUCGUCAUCCAUCCCAUCAUUACCUACCUAGUAUCUACCCUAGGUAUCUCAUGGCAAAUCACCAAUCAUAUGACUUUCAUUGAUUUUCACAAUUCCUUCCCGCAUUAACCACAGUUUUCCGCAAUGACUUUCCUAUAAAAGCAUCCACCGCGAAAAGCGAGCUUCGCAAACCUUUACUCCGAUGAGUUUCUUCGGAAUUAUAUCAUUGCGAUGGAGUUAAUACCACGGAUAUAAGUGAGAACCUCUUUCUUCCCAGUCGUGAAGUGUGAAUUUGAUAAGCAUUUAUAACAAUGGCCCCGUCGGCUCCACUACCUACCUAGUAAUAAACAGUCUAGUGGAGGGGUAGAUUUGGUCAUUCCAGAUCUAUGUGUGUCUGCGUAAUUUUUUAUAAGUAUCGAUUGUUGCUGUUGUGUUUUUGAUCGAUAAUCUUGUUGAUUUCUUUUACCCUUUUACAUUCAAACCUGAAUACCAAUCUACCUUUUUACAUCCAAACCUAAAUACCAAUCUACCUUCCAAACCUCAAUACAUAUAAAAAUGGCUUCAAACCCACCUCAAAGAUGUUGUACUCUAGGUGUUAAGCACGAGGGUACACCAACUGGAUCAACUAUCAAGAUUGCUGAUACCAUUGAGACCUAUAUUGCUGAGCCUAAAGAAAAGGUUCACAAGGAUACUGCCAUUCUUUACCUUCCAGAUGUUAUCGGUAUCUGGCAAAACUCCCAAUUGAUGGCUGAUCAAUAUGCCGCUAACGGUUACUACACCAUCAUCCCCGAUCUCUUUAAUGGCGACCCAAUGUCUCUUAAUCGUCCCGAAGGUUUCGACUUCAUGCAAUGGUUAACCAAAGGUUCUGAUGGAAACAACCCACAUACAUUCCCACAUGUUGAUCCUAUUGUUCAAAAGUCCAUUGACUUCUUGAAGUCUAAGGGAUAUACCAAGAUUGGAGCUGUCGGAUACUGUUUUGGUGCUAAAUAUGUCGCUCGAUUUAUGGCUGAAGGAAAGGGUAUUGAUGUGGGAUAUGUUGCUCAUCCUUCUUUCGUCGAUGAAGAUGAACUCCGCGCAAUCAAGGGACCCUUCUCCAUCGCAGCCGCUGAAACCGAUGAAAUUUUCCCAUCCGAAAAACGUCACAAAUCAGAAGAGAUCCUCAAGGAAAUCGGUGCUACUUAUCAAAUCAAUUUGUACAGUCAAACUGUCCAUGGUUUCUCGGUUAGAUGUGAUUUGAGUAAGAAGGUGGAGAAAUAUGCCAAGGAACAAGCUUUUAUCCAGGCUGUGACUUGGUUUGAUGAGCAUUUGAUUUAAAGAAAGCAAGAAUGAGAUUGAGGAUGAAGUUGUGAGAGGAAGAGGGUACAAGAGGGUUCAAGAGUGAAAGAAGUAACGGGGAGGGAAAAUCUUCAGAGAAGGUUGUACGCGAGUUUCUGAAGAAGAAGGGCGUAUGAAAACGCGAAUAAAUGAAUUUUAAUGAAUUUUAAACCAUGGUACGAAAGAUUAAUCUG